CAUCAACAGUCUGUGCUGCAGUAUCUGAGUCGAUUAGCAUAUUUGUCUGUGUUUACGAUCUGAAAAUUAUCGAGAAAGCAAUGGCGCCCAAGGCAGAGAAGAAGCCUGCAGAAAAGAAAGCUACAGAGGAGAGGAAAACAGUGGGGGAAAAGACUCCCACAGCUGUGGCGGAGAAGAAGCCCAAGGAGAAGGCCCCUCCAAAGGCCGGCAAGAAGAUUGCCAAGGGUACCGGGGAUAAGAAGAAGAGGAAGAAGAGGAGCGUGGAAAGCUACAAGAUCUACAUUUUUAAGGUGCUGAAGCAGGUUCACCCCGAGAUCGGCAUCUCCAGCAAAGCCAUGUCCAUCAUGAACUCUUUCAUGGCUGAUAUUUUCGAGAAACUGGCCGCAGAGUCUUCAAAGCUCACAAAAUACACAAAAAAGGACACUCUCUCUUCCAGAGAGGUGCAGACGGCCGUGAAAUUGGCCCUUCCUGGUGAGCUUGCCAAGCAUGCCGUGUCGGAGGGUACAAAGGCCGUCACGAAAUUCACUUCCGAGAAGAAACCCGCAGAGAAAAAACCUGUCGAGAAGGCUGAAGAGAAGAAGACUGUCGGAGAGAAAAGCCCUGCUGAGAAGAAGCCCAAGGAGAAGGCUCCUCCUAAGGGCGGUAAAAGGGGUCCCAAGCCUGCAGGGGAUAAGAAGAAGAGGAAGAAGAAGAGCGUGGAGACAUACAAGAUCUAUAUUUUCAAGGUUUUGAAGCAGGUCCAUCCUGAAAUUGGCAUUUCCAGCAAGGCCAUGUCUAUCAUGAACUCUUUCAUGAAUGACAUUUUUGAGAAAUUGGCCGGAGAGUCAUCAAAGCUGACGAAGUAUACGAAGAAGGACACUCUUUCUUCGAGGGAGGUGCAGACAGCCGUGAAAUUGGCCCUUCCAGGAGAGCUUGCCAAGCACGCCGUGUCGGAGGGCACUAAAGCCGUCACAAAAUUCACUUCCAGUUAGAUAUUCUCUUGCCCUGUUUCUUAAGUUGUUCUAUGGUGUCUAUUGACACCACCUCUGUUGUGGAUUUGCAGUUUCCCUUUGUUUUUAAUGCAUUGACAAGAUCAGUAAGUUAGGGUGUAAAUUUCAAUACGAUCGCUGCUUUGACAAUAUCAAUGUGCUCCAUUGAGGUUUGGAAUGUAUUUUUGUAAGUGUUAUCUAAAAUACUAGGAGGGUUGCAGUUAUAAAGAUUAACUUUGUUUGUUCA